AAGGAAGAGCUUGCAAAGUCUGAGGCAAAGAGAAAGGAGCUAGAGGAGAAAAUGGUGAAGCUGGUGCAGGAAAAAAAUGACUUGCAGCUCCAAGUGCAGGCUGAAGCAGACAGCUUGGCUGAUGCUGAGGAAAGGUGUGACCAGCUCAUCAAAACCAAAAUCCAACUGGAAGCCAAAGUUAAGGAGGUGACUGAAAGGGCCGAGGAUGAAGAGGAAAUUAAUGCUGAAUUGACAGCCAAGAAGAGAAAACUGGAGGAUGAAUGUUCAGAGCUGAAGAAAGACAUUGAUGACCUGGAGUUAACCUUGGCCAAGGUUGAGAAGGAAAAACACGCCACCGAAAACAAGGUGAAAAACCUCACAGAGGAGAUGGCAGCUCUGGAUGAGACCAUUGCCAAGCUGACAAAAGAGAAGAAAGCCCUCCAAGAGGCCCACCAGCAGACACUGGAUGACCUGCAGGCCGAAGAGGACAAAGUCAAUACAUUGACCAAAGCUAAAACCAAGCUGGAGCAGCAAGUGGAUGAUCUGGAAGGGUCCCUGGAGCAAGAGAAGAAACUGCGCAUGGACCUUGAAAGGGCUAAGAGAAAACUUGAGGGAGACCUGAAGCUGUCCCAAGAUACCAUAAUGGAUUUGGAAAAUGAUAAGCAGCAGCUGGAUGAGAAACUGAAGAAGAAAGACUUUGAAAUCAGCCAGAUCCAGAGCAAAAUUGAGGAUGAGCAAGCCCUGGGCAUGCAAUUACAGAAGAAGAUCAAGGAGCUGCAGGCCCGUAUCGAGGAGCUGGAGGAGGAAAUUGAGGCAGAGCGAACCUCUCGAGCAAAAGCAGAGAAGCACCGUGCUGACCUCUCCAGGGAGCUGGAGGAGAUCAGUGAGCGCCUGGAAGAAGCAGGAGGAGCUACGGCAGCUCAGGUUGAGAUGAACAAGAAGCGUGAGGCAGAAUUUCAGAAGAUGCGCCGCGACCUUGAAGAGGCCACGCUGCAGCACGAAGCCACAGCUGCCGCCCUGCGGAAGAAGCAUGCAGACAGCACAGCUGAGCUUGGGGAGCAGAUCGACAACCUGCAACGAGUCAAGCAGAAGCUGGAGAAGGAGAAGAGUGAGCUGAAGAUGGAGAUAGAUGACUUGGCCAGUAACAUGGAGUCUGUCUCCAAAGCCAAGGCAAAUCUGGAGAAGAUGUGCCGCACUCUGGAAGACCAGCUGAGUGAGAUUAAAACUAAGGAGGAGCAGAAUCAGCGCAUGAUCAAUGACCUCAAUACUCAGAGAGCUCGUCUGCAGACAGAAACAGGUGAAUAUUCACGCCAGGUGGAAGAAAAGGAUGCUUUGAUUUCUCAGCUGUCUAGGGGCAAGCAGGGAUUUACCCAACAGAUUGAGGAACUGAAGAGACAUCUAGAGGAAGAAAUAAAGGCCAAGAACGCCCUAGCCCAUGCCUUGCAGUCCGCUCGCCAUGACUGUGACUUGCUCCGGGAGCAAUAUGAGGAGGAGCAGGAAGCCAAGGGUGAGCUGCAGCGUGCCCUGUCCAAAGCCAACAGUGAAGUGGCCCAGUGGAGAACCAAAUAUGAGACGGACGCUAUUCAGCGCACGGAGGAGCUAGAGGAGGCCAAGAAGAAGUUGGCACAGCGCCUGCAGGAUGCAGAGGAACACGUUGAAGCUGUCAACGCCAAAUGUGCUUCCCUGGAAAAGACAAAGCAGAGGCUGCAGAACGAGGUGGAAGACCUGAUGAUUGAUGUAGAGCGAGCAAAUGCUGCCUGCGCAGCUCUGGACAAGAAGCAGAAGAACUUUGACAAGAUCCUGGCAGAGUGGAAGCAGAAGUAUGAGGAAACACAGGCUGAGCUGGAAGCUUCCCAGAAGGAGUCUCGCUCUCUCAGCACAGAGCUGUUUAAGAUGAAGAAUGCCUAUGAGGAGUCCCUGGACCACCUGGAAACGCUGAAGCGUGAGAACAAGAACUUGCAGCAGGAGAUUUCUGACCUCACGGAGCAGAUUGCAGAGGGAGGAAAGGCGAUCCACGAGCUGGAGAAAGUCAAGAAGCAGAUUGAGCAGGAGAAAUCUGAAAUCCAGGCUGCCUUGGAGGAAGCUGAGGCCUCCCUAGAACAUGAAGAGGGGAAAAUCCUGCGCCUCCAACUGGAGCUCAACCAGGUCAAGUCUGAGAUUGACAGGAAGAUAGCAGAGAAAGAUGAGGAAAUCGACCAGCUGAAGAGAAAUCACCUCAGAAUUGUGGAGUCCUUGCAGAGCACCCUGGAUGCUGAGAUCAGGAGCAGGAACGAAGCCCUGCGGCUGAAGAAGAAGAUGGAGGGAGACCUGAAUGAAAUGGAGAUCCAGCUGAGCCAUGCCAACCGUGUGGCUGCAGAGGCACAAAAGAACCUGAGAAACACACAGGCAGUGCUCAAGGAUACCCAGAUACAUUUGGAUGAUGCACUCAGGACGCAGGAAGACCUGAAGGAGCAGGUGGCCAUGGUGGAGAGAAGAGCAAACCUCUUGCAGGCUGAGAUUGAGGAGCUGCGGGCAGCCCUGGAGCAGACAGAGCGGUCAAGGAAAGUGGCUGAGCAGGAGCUUCUGGAUGCAAGCGAGCGUGUGCAGCUCCUCCAUACCCAGAACACCAGCUUGAUCAACACCAAGAAGAAACUGGAAACAGACAUUGCCCAAAUUCAGAGUGAAAUGGAAGAUACCAUCCAGGAAGCCCGCAAUGCUGAAGAGAAGGCCAAGAAGGCCAUCACAGAUGCGGCCAUGAUGGCGGAAGAGCUGAAGAAGGAACAGGACACCAGUGCCCAUCUGGAAAGGAUGAAGAAGAACCUGGACCAGACAGUGAAAGACCUGCAGCACCGUCUGGAUGAGGCUGAGCAGCUGGCACUGAAGGGAGGCAAGAAGCAAAUCCAGAAGCUGGAGGCCAGGGUGCGGGAGCUGGAAGGGGAGGUAGAUGCUGAGCAGAAGCGCAGUGCUGAAGCUGUGAAGGGUGUGCGCAAGUACGAGAGGAGGGUGAAGGAGCUGACCUACCAGUCUGAGGAAGACCGGAAGAAUAUUCUCAGGCUCCAGGAUCUGGUGGACAAGCUGCAGAUGAAAGUGAAAUCCUACAAGAGACAAUCUGAGGAGGCUGAGGAGUUGUCCAAUGUCAACCUCUCCAAAUUCCGCAAGAUCCAGCAUGAGCUGGAGGAAGCUGAGGAGCGGGCUGACAUUGCAGAGUCACAGGUGAACAAGCUCCGAGCAAAGAGCCGGGAGUUUCAUAGGAGGAUAGAAGAAUGAAGAAUGAAGAUGUCACGAGGAAACAAAAUGGCCUGAGGGAUGCACAAAAUGUGAACCCUCUGUUCCUUUCUUCUGCAAUGUAUUUGCAACCAUGUCAAUGUCUAGAGAAUAAAGACCGUAGAUUAAUUUGCACACACCCUA